GAGAGAGCUACAAAACGACACACCAAACACACACAAACACAAAAACAAUGGAGGGGUGCGCUUGCUGUUGCUCAACGUCGCCGGCAUCACCCUUCCUUUCAAAGCCGUCACAGCAACGGCAGUUAUCUGGCUUCCACCGUCUAACUCUUCCUCUGAAACCACCAAUUCCACUUAUCAGACUCAGACUCAGGGCCACGCUUUGUUCCUCCUUUACCGAAGGCGGCGGCGGCGGCGGAGGAGGAGGGAGAAACGGCGGCGGAGGAGGAGGGAGAAACGGCGGCGGUUGGGAUGAUGAUGGUGAUGGUGAUGGGUCAAUUGGGUCCCUUGGAAUUCCCACUGGCUCAAUUCUGUUGCUGUCGUUGUUCUUCUGCUCCAGAUUGGCCAGAGCUCAAUCGUUGUCUUCUUCUGUUUGGGAAGUUAAGGGAGGGAAGUGGAUUUUGCUUGUUCCGAAUGAUUUGGACGACACUUUUGUGGUUGAUUCUCUAUUUCCAUCCACAUCUUCAACGAGACCAGUUUCUCCUCUGAAUUUGUGGUUGGAAAAAUGCAGACAACUGGUGAUGCGUUUGAUGCUUCCAGAAGGCUAUCCUGAAAGCGUGACAUCUGAUUAUUUGGAUUACUCUCUUUGGAGAGCCGUCCAGGGCGUCGCCAGUCAGAUUAGCGCCGUUCUUGCCACUCAGUCGUUGCUUUAUGCUGUUGGAUUGGGAAAAGGAGCAAUUCCCACGGCGGCGGCCCUCAAUUGGGUGCUCAAGGAUGGAAUCGGUUAUCUUAGCAAAAUAAUGCUCUCCAAAUACGGACGCCAUUUUGAUGUCAAUCCCAAGGGAUGGAGGCUCUUCGCUGAUCUUUUGGAAAAUGCCGCCUUCGGAUUCGAAAUGCUCACUCCUGCCUUUCCUCAUCUUUUUGUUCCGAUCGGCGCUGUUGCCGGGGCCGGCCGCUCUGCUGCUACAUUAAUCCAGGCUGCUACCAGAAGUUGCUUCUUUGCUGGCUUUGCUGCUCAAAGGAACUUUGCUGAGGUGAUUGCUAAGGGAGAAGCUCAAGGAAUGGUGAGCAAGUCUAUCGGUAUCGCUAUGGGUAUAGGAUUGGCUAACUGCAUUGGCACCUCUACACCGCUCGCCCUUGCUUCUUUUAGUGUGGUCACUUUUAUUCACAUGUACUGCAAUCUCAAGUCAUAUCAGUCCAUUCAAUUAAGGACUCUAAACCCUUACCGUGCAAGUUUAGUUUUCAGUGAAUAUCUCCUUAGCGGGCAAGCGCCUCCAAUCAAAGAGGUCAAUGAUGAGGACCCGCUCUUUCCAGCCGUACCAGUUCUAAAUGUGAAACCAGUGAACAAAGAACAACCAGCUGUACUAUCUGCAGAAGCAAAGGUUGCAGCAGCUGAAAUCGAUAACCGUUUACUGCUGGGAUCUAAGCUUAGUGAUGUCGUCAACAACCACAAGGAUGUGCUAGCACUUUUCGAUCUCUAUAGGAAUGAGGGCUAUAUUUUGACUGAACACAACGGAAGAUUCUGUGUGGUGCUUAAAGAAACUUGCUCACCACAUGACAUGCUCAAGGCAAUGUUCCACGUCAAUUAUCUGUACUGGUUAGAGAAAAAUGCAGGAAUUGAUGGAGCAAGUCCUUAUCUUGACUCCAAACCAGGGGGCAGACUGCAAAUAUCUCUAGACUAUGUGGAAAGGGAGUUCAACCAUGUCAAAAUCGACGGAGAAUCAGCGGGUUGGGCCACAGAUGGGCUCAUUGCAAGGCCUUUACCCAAUAGGAUCCGUCCAGGUUUUGUGGCAUCCCCAAAUUCCACAUAGCUGGCCUGAUAGAUGUAGGCAAAUUAGAAGGCAUUCUUGGAUUCUAAACCAUUGAAAACAUUUUGGCAAACACCGUACUCUGCAGGUUUUGACAACAGCAUACAAGUUCGAUGUCACGCGACGCGGUGACGGUGGCGAGAUGAAAUCCGUCUGACAUUCAUCCUUAACGUCCCCAUAAUUAUAAUUUUGUAACUUGACAUUCAUCCUACCGUCUUCUUUGCAUCUGCAUUCUUCCCCGCCUUUGAUUGACGCAUCUAUUCGUGGGUAAUUUGUUUAGUCUAGGCCCACACAUUAAGGGUAAGAAGUAUUUGAGUAUAAAUACUAUAUUUAUCGUCCACAUAAUCCGCUAAUCUAGAUAUAGGGGGCAAAAUCAGGAGGGAAAAAACUAGCAAUACGGGAAUAGCAUGAAAUAUGCCAUAUUGAGUUUGGGAAUAUUGGUUAAAAACAGUGGCUUUUAUGUAUUUGUUAUUAUUAUUAUUAUUAUAGAUGCUUAAUGGGUAUGUUACAGAUAGGAAACUUUUUAUUCUUUCUUCAAUAACGUUUGUAAGAACCCAAUUGCGUUUGUGUUAUUAUGUAAUGAAGAAAGAACAAUAUGGUGACUGUCCAUGACGAAAGGGAGGCUCAGAAGGCUUGGGCGAUUUGGGCUCAAAGUGGCCCAAGGAAUGGGUUCAAAGUGGCAGCUAAAUU